AUGGCAUCUAAAGUACGUUAUGAAUGGAAGUCAUCCAAUCCAGACAAUUGGGUAUUGAAUUUACAAUACCUUGAUCUGAGAAAUGAGUUUGUCUCAUCAUCAAGUGAUGGUUCUUUAAAUGUAUUUCUGCUUCAAAACCUUACCCCAUCACCUAUAUUCCUGAUUAAAAAUGCCCAUGAAUCAAGUAUAAAUGCCUUGAAGAAGAUAGACGAUAAUACUAUAGCGUCCUGUUCUACAGAUGGAAUCAAGAUCUUUGAUUUAAGAUCACAAGCUCAACAACCAGUACAUAGAUUAUCUAAUGAGAAGAGUUCUCCAUUUUUAUCAAUGGAUUAUUUGAAUAAACUAUUAGCAGGUGGAACUGAAUUAGUUGGAGUUGAUGCUGAAUUACAUAUUUGGGAUUUAAGAAACCCCAAUGAAGUAGUUAAAUCUUAUAUCGAUUCCCAUCAUGAUGAUAUCACCACUAUAAAGUUCCAUCCAACAUUAUCACAAUAUUUAAUGUCAGGUAGUACUGAUGGUUAUGUGAAUGUAUAUGAUUUGACUCAACCAGAUGAAGAUGAAGCAUUACAUCAAGUUAUCAAUUACGAAUCAGUCCAUUCCAUCUAUUUCACCCAAGAAAGACGUAUUUCUAUAUUAUCCCAUGUUGAAACUCUUAGCUUUUAUGAAUUGAAUGAUACAAAUUAUGAAGAAAAUGUUGAACCACAACCUAAUGAUUUAGGAGAUUUAAGAUCAGUGUUAGCUGAUUGUGAGUACGUGGUGGAUGUGAACCCAAGUCAAGGUUAUAUCACUUAUGGAGCUAACUCCAAACAAAGCUUCAAUCUCAUGGGAUUCAAUGCUGCCAAUGAGAAAUUUGAAACCAACAAUAUAAUUCAAUUCCCAAAUGCUCAUGGUGAAGAAGUUGUUCGUGAUGUAUUAUCCAUCCCUAAUUCAAAUUCAAUCCUUACUUGUGGUGAAGAUGGUGCUAUCAGAUUAUGGGACUUGCCAAUUAGUAUAUCUGCCCCAACCACUGUUGAAGUUAAGACUGAUGAUUUAUUAUUGAUUAAAGAAAAACUUUCCAAGAAGGAAAAGAAAGAAAAGAAAGAGAAGAAGAAAGAAAAGAAGGAUAAAAAAGAGAAGAAGAUUAAAAAAGAUAAAAAGAGUAAAUCAAAACGUUUCAAACCUUACUAA